AUUUGUUGGGCAAACAUGAUCCCAUUGUAAAAAAGAGACUUGAACAGCAAGCUAAAAAUGCUAAGUAUACAAGUAAAACCAUCCAGAAUGAAAUACUGUCUUGUCUGGCAGAAAUGGUGAAAGAAGAAAUCAUGAAAGAAGUUAAAGAGAGUAUACAGUUUUCUGUGAUCGUAGAUGAGACUAAAGAUGUUCAGAAAAAAGAGCAAAUGUCAAUUGUUCUGAGAUACUAUUACAAUGGUCUGAUUUACGAAAGCUUUCUAGAAUUUCAAGAGGCAGAAAAGCUUGAUGCUGCUGGGUUAACUGAGAAAAUAAUUGGCUGUUUGGAAAAGUAUGGUUUGGAGUACAAGAAAAAUCUUGUAGGUCAGGGGUACGAUGGAGCUGCUGUAAUGAGUGGGGCCCAUUCAGGUGUCCAAGCGAGAAUAAAAGCAGUGGCCAAGCAUGCAUUUUAUGUGCAUUGCAGUGCACACAGUCUCAACCUGGUCAUAGUAGAUGCCGUCAAAAAUGUGCCAGACGCUGGGAAUUUCUUUUCUUUGUUGGAAAGACUUUAUGUGUUCUUGUCUGGAUCUUACGUCCAUCAAAAAUGGCUUGAAGUACAGCGGAACAUGUAUGAUGGUGUAUCAAGGGAGCUCCAGCGACUCAGUGAUACACGCUGGGCUUGCAGACAUGUAGCAUGUCGCAAUGUCAUGGAUAGAUUGCCUGCUAUUUUGCAAGUGCUUGAAGAGCUCUCGGAUGAGAACAAUCCUCAAAGAGCCGUUGAAGCAAAAGGCAUAUUGGCCCAAAUUGAUGUCAGUUUUGUUGGAUGUCUUGUGCUCUUUCGAAAGGUGUUGAGUGACUCUAAUAUUUUGUCUGAGAUGCUCCAAUCUAAAUCUGUUGACCACUCUAAGGCUGUUGAACUCAUUGACGCACUAAAAGAAACGCUGACAAAUUAUCGCAGUGAGGCUUUUUUUGAAGACCUAUGGUCAGAAAUACUUAAUACAUGUGAAAAGAGUCACAUUUCAACAACAUUUCACACCCGAAAGCGGUCAAAACAGAUAGCUACAAAAUUUCAAGAUUCCAUCGUUACUUCCACACUUGGACAGCAU